AUGAAAGAAACUUGUGAAAGGUUUAAGAUUGCUCGUCGAAAUUCCACGGUUUACCGCCUACAGAUGAAUGGGGCAGUUGAGGCUCAAGAAGAUUUUAAGGAAAAUAAAGCAGUAAUACCCGCUGAGGUGGAAAUACCAUCUUUAAGGGUUAUCCAAGAGGUUGGUCUGGACGAAGCAGAAUGGAUACGUAGCAAGAAUGAACAAUUGAUGCUCAUAGAUGAAAAGAGGAUAGAUGCGGUUUGUCAUAGCCAACUCAAUCAAAACAGAAUGACCAACGCGUUCAACAAGAAGGUCAAACCUCGACAGUUCACACCGGGGCAAUUAGUAUUGAAGAAGAUCUUUCCUCACCAAGGAGAAGCCAAAGGGAAAUUUGCACCAAAUUGGCAAGGACCUUACAUGGUUCAUAGAGUACUCUCAGGAGGAGCGGUAAUCUUAGCAGAAAUGGAUGGCAGAGUGAGCACAAAGCUAAUCAAUUCAGACGCCAUCAAGAAAUACUACAUCUGA